AUGGGACUUCACAUUCUCUCCAGUGGUGGGUUCCUAACCUCCCUAGUUCUCUCCCUUUUCAUGCUAAUAAAUGUAAGCCAUGCACAAAAACAAAUAACUGACUCUGACCAAGACGCUUUGUAUUUUGCACUAAAUUUGGAACUUUUGAGCGCUGAGCACUACUCGUAUGGUGCUACGGGUAGUGGAGUAGAUGCCACUGCUCCAGAAUUAGCCAGAGGUCCUACUCCCGUUGGAGGCCAAAAAGCCAACCUAGAUCCCUUCUUUCAGGACAUCUUCUCACAAUUUGCUUUAAUACAAAGAGGACAUUUGAGGGCCAUAAAUCGUGUAAUUCAGGGUGUCGAGAGGCCAUUACUAAACCUAAGCAAGGAGUUAGCUGCUCAAGUUGUGAACAACGCCUUUCGAAAAACUUUAAACCCACCUUUCGACCCUUAUGCCAACUCCCUCAAUUACUUAAUCUGGUCUUAUGUCAUUUCUUAUUUUCCCCCUCCUACCUAUGUUCAAAUCACUCCACAGUUGAAGAAUCCCAUCUACAAGAGUCUUGUUGCUGGGCUUCUGGGAGUAGCUUCUGAUCAGGAAACAGUUAUACGAGGAUACUUGUACGAACGUCGAGACUCUCUGGUACAGCCAUAUAACGUGAAUACGUCAACGUUCAUAGAUCGCAUUUCAGAGCUUGGAAAUAGGUUAGGAAAGGAAGGAACCAAAAUCGAGGGUCUUGUAGUUUCUCCAGCGCAAGGUGCUGAGGGAAAAAUAGCAGGUAAUGUCAUUUCUGCUGACAAAGAUUCACUGGCAUAUGCAUCAACUCUACCGGCAAUACUGCGGAUAGUAUAUGGAACGGGUGAUGAACAUGUCCCAGGUGCCUUCUUCCCUGAUGGAGCAAAUGGUCGCAUAGCAAGAUCUUUCUUACCAUAG